CGAGCCGCGCCGGCCCCAGCGGUGAUGAAAGCCGCGGCCGAGUCCAGGUCACGCCGAAGCCGUUGCCCUUUUAAGGGGGAGCCUUGAAACAGAGCCCGGGUUCCAUGUUUGCAUCCGCCUCGCGGGGAGGAAACUCCAUGUUGUAACAAAGUUUCCUCCGCGCCCCCUCCCUCCCCCUCCCCCUUAGAACCUGGCUCCCCUCCCCUCCGAAGCUCGCGGGGAUCCCUCCCUCCCACCCCUCCCCUCCCCCCCGCGCCCCGAUUCCGGCCCGAGCCGGGGGGGAGGCCGGGCGCCCGGGCCAGAGUCCGGCCGGAGCGGAGCGCGCCCGGCCCCAUGGACAGCUCGGCCGUCAUUACUCAGAUCACCAAGGAGGAGGCGCGGGGCCCGCUACGGGGCAAAGGUGACCAGAAGUCAGCAGCUUCUCAGAAGCCCCGGAGCCGGGGCAUUCUCCACUCGCUUUUCUGCUGCGUCUGCCGGGACGAUGGGGAGGCCCUGCCUGCGCACAGUGGGGCACCCCUGUUGGUGGAGGAGAACGGAGCUGUCCCCAAGCAGACCCCAGUCCAGUGCCUGCUCCCAGAAGCCAAGGCCCAGGACGUGGACAAGAUCUGUGUGGUCAUCGACCUGGACGAGACCCUGGUGCACAGCUCCUUCAAGCCAGUGAACAACGCCGACUUCAUCAUCCCUGUGGAGAUUGAUGGGGUGGUCCACCAGGUCUAUGUGCUGAAGAGGCCCCACGUGGAUGAGUUCCUGCAGCGAAUGGGCGAGCUCUUUGAGUGCGUGCUGUUCACCGCCAGCCUUGCCAAGUAUGCAGACCCAGUAGCUGAUCUGCUGGACAAGUGGGGGGCCUUCCGGGCGCGCCUGUUUCGGGAGUCCUGUGUCUUCCACCGGGGGAAUUACGUGAAGGACCUGAGCCGGCUGGGCCGAGACCUGCGGCGGGUGCUCAUCCUAGACAACUCACCCGCCUCCUACGUCUUCCAUCCAGACAACGCCGUACCAGUGGCCUCCUGGUUUGACAACAUGAGCGACACGGAGCUUCACGACCUGCUGCCCUUCUUCGAGCAGCUCAGCCGCGUGGAUGACGUGUACUCAGUGCUCAGGCAGCCUCGGCCCGGCAGCUAGUGAGGCGCCCUGGGGCCAGGAGCUGCCCCUGACCGAGGCCCACACCCCUCACACGUGGACUUUGCCUUAAGAAAACCCAGCGGCCACCGCUCCCACCUCAGCGUCAUGGGGCGGUGGGCCCUCCGCACCUGCCUGGCCAGGCUGUGAACGGGGCAGCCUGGCCUAGGCUGCGCCAAGGGCGAUGAGCCUCCGGGUCCGUGUGUCAGUGCCUUAGAAUCUCCUCCUCCUUCUUGGGGGACCUGUGGGGCCCUGUGUGCCGCUCCCCCUUUCUCUCUCUCUCUGCUGCCAUGUUUCUUUGCUGCCAAAUUGGGCCCCUUGGCCCUUUCUGGUUCUACUUCGGGGAGGGGCAGGGUUCCUGCCGUCCCGUGCCUUGGGCCCCCAGCCUGGGAACAGUGGACACCCAAGUGCCUUGCGUAGAGCCCUUUUCCCUGCCCUGUUUUCCCAGGGCCGUGAUCGGGUCAGCUCUGGCCUGGAACGGUCUCCAGAUGGCUGCAGUCUAGGCUGGAGCGGGAGGAAACAAUCUCCCACCUCCUCCCUUGGGACUGAUAGAGCCCCCCACCAGUCUCUGCCUGGGAGGGCAGGGAGGGCAGAAGAUCUGUUACCACUUGUGAAGGGAGCGGCGUGUGUCCUCUGGGACCCCAGAGUCCAGCUUCUCUAGGCUCAUGAGCAGCCAAAGGCUGCUCCCCACACCAAGCCCUGACCCCUCACAUCUGCCUUGACCACCCCAAGGCCCUGGGGCUUGGCUCCCCCAGCUCCUAGUGUGGGGGUGGAGGCAGGACCCCUUUGUGGUGCCAUAUAAAUAUGUAUAUGUGUAUAUAGAUUUUUAGGGGAAGGGGAGAGGGAAGGUUCGGGGUAGAGAGAGACCCCCUCCUUCACCCCUUUCCUGGACCCAUACGUUGUGGGGAGGGAGGGAAAGGAUUUUUACAUUUUUUAAACUGCUAUUUUCUGAAUGAAACAGGCUGGGCCAAGGGGCCCCAAGCCCUGUCUUCUGUCCCUCACACCCUCUUUGCUCCAGUUACUCAUUCAUUCAUUCAAAACACAUUAGCACCUUCUCUGUGCCCAGCGCUGUGCUAGGCCCACCAGCUGAGUGUCUAGGGGUCUCUGCACCCGAUCCGGGGCCUCCCCCACCCACUCCGUACUUCACCGGUGCCUUUAGGGGAGCUGCAGGAGGUGGGACCCUUCUUGCGGGGCUUGGGGGUCUCCAGGAAGCCUGGCCAAGCUGUCCCCCCGCCCCCCCCCCCCCCGUGCCAACCCACCCCCUGUCGCCCUCUGCCUCACCCCCUGCUGGCUGGGAGCAGCUCUCAAGACAUCCUGCCUUCCAGCUCUGACUUCUUUAUCUGGAACCCCUUCCCCAAAAUGCUGAGAGUCUGGAGGUCAAGGCCUUGGGCUCUCCCCAGGGCUUAACGGUUAAGGGGACCCACAUACCAGUGCCAAGGGGGGAUGUCAAAUGGAGAUACCAUUGCCCCUCCGCCCCCCGAGAACUGGGGGUGGGAGGGAGGAUAAGGUUGGCCUGAAUAGGGUGACCUUCCCAUUUAAGUGCCUUCUCUGACUGAGAGCCCCACAGUAUGCCAAGAACUAAACAGAACGCCAGACCCCCA